GAGCGUGGCAGCGGAGCAGUCAUGGCGGUCGCCUCGGGUUCAGUGCAUCUGCAGCGCUGCUUGGUGUCGCCGGCUGGGAGGCACAGCGCCUCUCUGAUCUUCCUGCACGGCUCAGGUGAUUCUGGACAAGGAUUGAAAACAUGGAUCAAACAUGUUUUACAUCAAGAUUUAACUUUCCAACAUAUAAAAAUUAUUUAUCCAACAGCUCCUCCCAGGCCAUAUACUCCUAUGAAAGGAGGAGUCUCCAAUGUAUGGUUUGAUAGGUUUAAAAUAUCUAAUGAUGUUCCAGAACACCUAGAAUCAAUUGACUUAAUGUGUCAAAUACUUACAGAUUUGAUUGAUGAUGAAGUGAAAAAUGGCAUCAAGAAGAACAGGAUAUUAGUAGGAGGAUUUUCUAUGGGAGGGUGCAUGGCCAUGCAUUUAGCCUAUAGAGCUCAUCGAGAUGUGGCAGGAGUGUUUGCCCUUUCUAGUUUUCUGAAUAAAGCAUCUGCUGUUUACCAGGAACUUCAGAAAAGGGAUGGCGUGCUUCCGGAAUUAUUUCAGUGUCAUGGCACUGCUGAUGAAUUAGUUCUUCACGCAUGGGGGGAAGAGACAAAUUCAAUGUUAAAAUCUUUAGGAGUGAAUACAAAGUUUCACAGUUUCCCAGGUGUUUACCAUGAGCUUAGCAAAACUGAACUGGAAAAGCUAAAGUCGUGGAUUCUUACAAAACUACCAAGUGAACUUGAGAGCUAAAACUAAUGACUCAAAAUUGGUCAGUUAGCAAACACAUUAUGUCCUUUGUGAAAAUUAUUUUACUGCCAACUUACUGUUCAGUAAGUGAUAAUUAAAAUAUUAAUAUCAAAUAUUAAUAUCAACAGAUGCUGAUUCAUUUAUUCAUUGUGAAUAUGCUUAGCUCCAUAGAGAAUAAUAUGUAAAUGGCAAUAAUUUACUUGGAAAGACAUCUGUGUAUUAUUUUUCAGAUGCAUGUUUCUGAAAAUUUGGGGACCUUUUAAGUAAUUAUUUAAAUUUUAAAUAAAAUGUAAAAAA